UGUGUGUGUGUGUGUGUGUGUGUGUGUGUGUGUGUGUUUGUGUGUGUGUGUGUGUGAUUUAAACGAAAGAAACCAAACAAAUCAGAAUAAGUGAGUUCAUAUGCAACAAUGUCUGGAAUUGGUAAAUUUCAAUUUGCAAUCGACAGAGGUGGCACCUUUACUGACAUUUGGGCAAAAUGUCCAAAUGGAAAAGUUCGUUUAAUGAAGCUUUUAUCCGAGGACCCAGCUAACUAUGAAGAUGCUCCUAAAGAAGCGAUACGAAGAAUAAUACAGCAGGUAAAAUAAAAGCCUGGAAAAGCCCAUAAAAAAAAGUUAAUACUAAUACUAAUUUUAUCUUUUUAUAUAUCUGAAGUAGUAGUACUCUUAGUUAAUGUAAGUAUUUUAUAGGUAAAAUAGCACUUCAGCGUCCGAUAUUCUUUUAUUGAUAAUGUUAAUGAUAAUGCAAGCUGAGUUCAAGUUUACAAUAUAAAUUAUAUGUAUGCAUCAUUGCAUGGCAAAUUAUAGUUCUUUCCCUAAGUCUAAGUCAUAAGGCUUAGACUUGAGUUGACUUAAGUAACAUUUCAUUGAAGUUUCUGAGAAUAUAAUUCCAUAAAAAUAGUUUCAGAACAUGAACUCAUGAAAAUCAACUCAUGAAAAUAAAAAGGGAAAAGAGUUCAACUGUUGACAAACUUUCUUUUCAGUUUGCAUUUCGCGUGCAUCCACAUCUUCAUUCUAUAUUCUAUGUGUGGACGCCUGCAUCAAUGAAGUUUUUCAGUAGACCAUAACCGAAUAUUUGAUAUGUUAUAUGUUUGUAUAAGCAAACCAUCCAGCCAAGACAAUAUGUGAACCUGGUAGAAUAUAUCUGCACUCCUGUAAAGUGAUCAUAUCUGGCAUUUAAACAAGAAAAGAGUGCCUUCUCUCUCUUUCUAUGUGACCAAAAACAUAGUAGCCCUCUCUUCACUUUCCAUGGUCAACGUGAUAUUUUUUGCUAGAAAUAUUUAGGUUUUUCAAUUUCUGUGACAAUCACUUGACCCUGAUUGUCGAAAAACUCAAUUUCUGUUGCAUUCUCAGCCAGCCAGGUUUCACACUCCUCCGGCAUGAAGUUGCACUGGUCCGUCUCAGUGUGCAUCUUUUCCAUGAUCCCUUCCCCUUGUUGGCACUUAACCACACUUAUCGGCAUGUGGCUUACCCCCACAUAUAACAAAAAAAGCUAUUUUGUAGACAUCUGCAAAUCCUGUUAAACCCCUUUCCCCUUGACUGCAUUUGUCAGCAUUUGAACAAACCCCCCUGCCCGCCUCUAUGGACAUCCUUUAUGGACGAUCUCCUGUGCCGCAAUAUAUAUAUAUAUUCAUAUACAUAUAUAGGCCCCCUAAUGAUUAUUCAGCUCUUUUGAGUGACUUGAGGGGCAAAAAAUAUCAGAAUAUAUUUUUUUAAAUAAUAAAUUAGUUCUAAAAGUCUACUGUGCCUACUUUACAGGCAUUAUGAUCUUGGAUAAUCCAUAGCCUACUAGUCUAUAUUAUUAUGAAGUAAAACUAGUAAAAGUAAAUGAAAAUAUAAGAUGAGCAGAAAACACAAUACAAGAGAGGAUCAGUUGGAUUAGCCGGGUUGGAGAACUCUUCAACAUGAAAAGACAACAUAAUUAUAUCAUAUCAUCAAUGGAAAUGCUGUCCCUUAAAACAUGAUAAAUGGGAAGGCGCAGAGUAAAUCCCUACAGAGUAGUCGGUAUAAUUCAAAUUUACCCACAGAAAAUCAUGUCAACUCACUGUGGCUCAUGACUCACAGAUAUUAAUAAAAUGAGAUACAAACUCAAAGACCAACCCCAAACUAAAAAAUGUCUACACUUUAUACUAGUAUGCAUGAACUUUAUCUAAAUAAAUUAACCUGAUUUACAGAAUGCUUAAAACUUUCAAUUAUAAUUCUAAAAUUCAAAUGUUUUAUGGAAUUACUGUCCUGGUCAUGAUAGGGGUGCCAUGCUUUCAGCAUAUUAAAUAGUGGAUAAGGUCUGUCAACAUAUUAUCUGAAGUGUUAGCUAUAGAGUCCAGUAACAGCCUGGUUAAGAAGCCUGAAAAUGCAAUACAACUUUUACUAGCCAUUCUUAAUGAAUAAAUAAAAUAAACAUUUAAAACUUAUAUCUACUACUGAAUAGACCUACAAAUUUCAUAAAUAAAAUAUUUAUAAAAUUAAAAACAUCUAUUUACAUUAAAUGUAAUCAUGAAUUAAUUUCAAGUUUAUUACUAAUUAUGUUUCAUUAUUCUUUUCUUAAUUUAACACACAAUCAUUAAAGGAAACAAACAGUUUGCCAUCAAAAGAGGCAUCGAUCGACACAAGUUUGAUAGACUGGAUCAGAAUGGGAACUACAGUAGCAACAAAUGCAUUGCUAGAGAGAAAAGGUGAACCAAUGGCUCUUGUGAUAACUAAAGGCUUCAGAGAUUUGCUUCACAUUGGAAACCAGGCUCGACCCAAUAUAUUUGAUUUGGUAAUGGUGAAAUCAGUUAUAUUAUUUUUAAAAUUUUGUAUCUUGCUAUAAUGCAUUAUAUUUUAAGUACAUGGACUAAUUCGGGCAUAAGCAUAUUCUUGAGAGACCUUUUAGACAGAGUUGGAUAUUUUUUUUAUCAGGAGCCAAAAAAAAUUAUUUCUAUAAAUUUAUAUUGUUGUAGGGAUUAACAUGUCGAAAUCCAACACCUGUUUUUCAAAAUCUUCAAUUGGAAAACUUAAUUCUGCCUGUUUAGUGUAUUAUUUUGUAAUGAAAUAUAAGGAUAAUAAUAAUAUCCAUUAACAGGAGAUAGUGUGUCCAGAAAAUCUCUAUGAAGAGGUGGUUGAAGUAGAUGAGAGAUGUGUACUACAUCGAGAAGACUGUCAAAUAAAACAGCACUCAACGGAAGUCACCGGCUCCACUGGUGAAUUGGUAAUGGAUGAUUUUGUUCUGUUGUUGUUUUUUUUUCUUUUUACUUCUUUUACUUGUCAUCUUUAAAAGUAUUACAAUCUUAAGGUCUUUGAACUAAUUAAAUAUUUGUUGGUGUUUUUUGUUUUACAAAGACCAUAAGAUAAUUUGGGCAAAAACUUUUCUUUUCCUCAGCUUUCAAUUUGGAGGACACUGAAUUUAGAUCAGCUCAAGGGGGAUUUACAAAAUGUGCUGGACAAAGGCAUCAAGAGUCUUGCUGUAGUAUUUAUACAUUCAUAUAUGUAAGUAAUUUUAUUUUUAAUGAGACAAAAAUUCCAAAGGCAUCAAAAGUCUUGCUGUUGUUUUUAUGCAUUCAUGUAUUAUGUAAGCCUUUUUUUUUUAAUAAAACAAAACGCCCCAAUUUAGAACAUUCCACAAUUAUUUGUACACUUAUUAAAAAAAAUUUAUUUUUUUUAAAACGAAACAAUUAUAAUACAUUCUUUUCAUGCCCCAUGCCAUCAUGAAAUGUUCUGGUAUUUUAUUGCACUCAGAUUCUCUGGACAUGAAGAAGCAGUAGGCAAGCUUGCCCUGGACAUGGGCUUCACAAAUGUGUCUCUCUCCUCCAAAGUUAUGUCAAUGGCUAGAAUCGUGCCCAGAGGUUACACAGGUAAUAUUAAUAUGGAAUACAUCACACUAGAGGAUACUGUUUUUCACUCACCUACUGUAGCAUGCAAAACCACUGUGAGGUGCCAUGGGAAAUUUCCAAGAGUCCAAAUGCUAUAGUUGUGCUGUUCCACCAAUGUGACUGUGAGGCUGAUGGUCGAUGAUGUCAAUCCUCAUGUAAAAUUGCAUUGAUUUAUGUCAACUGUUUAGUUGUUUGUCUGUUGUUAGUGGUUUCUUUAUUUUAUUUUUUUUUAUUUUGUAACCUUAUGUUAGGACUGACUGGUAAUCAUUCAUUUACUAUGAUAGACAACUCAGAACAAUGCACUUUGCAUCAUGCUUUGUUUUAUACUCAAAAAGUUGCCAUAGUCUUCCUCUCUCAACUUUCCCAGAUGAAUUUCUUUAUUGUUAUAGGGUUACUUACAAAAUAUAGUUAUUUCAACUUGUUCCACAAGUUCUCUUGAUGUAUCUUAAUUGAAAUUAAAGCCAAAGGGUUUACACCUCCAGUGAAAUCUAAAAUAAAAGUUCAUUUAAGUUGUAAGAACAGAAAAGAAAUCAUGGUCAGAGAAAAAGGGUAUUAAGGUUUAAUAGGCUUAGAUAACUACUAUCUAUUUCUCUUUCCAGCUUGUGCGGAUGCCUAUCUCACACCUUGUAUCAAGAAAUAUGUUGAAGGUUUCAGAUCUGGGCUCCAGGUAACCGUUUUUAUUUUAAAUACAUUCUUUUUUAAUUUUCCUAAGGUUUUCUAAUUAAUAUAUAUAGAAUGCAGCUUAGGCUAAAAAUCUGCAGUAAAAACAAUGUUCACUGUUUCUCUGUAAGUGAUUUCCAGAUAAAAUUUAUUAGAAUAUGUGAACCAACUUGUAAUUGACAGGUCCAUUAAAGUAAUGUCAUUCUUUUUCAAUAAAGAAAGUACCAACAAAUUUUUUUUUUCCUAAUUUAAUGGUUGUGUAGUUAAAGCUUAACCUCAGUGUAACAUAAUUUCACAUUGGGAAGGAAAAAAAAAAAAUUUUAUAUUUAAAGUUGUCAAAAUUAUACUCUAUUUUAUAUCCUCAUAUGCAGUAAAAUACUCCCUUUUAUAUAAAAAAAGGAAUUAAAUAUUCUUUGUUAUUUUCCAGAAAGCUAAAGUGCUUUUUAUGAGAUCAGAUGGUGGAUUGACCCCCAUGGAGAGGUAAAACAUUUUAGAACCAUUGGUUGUAAGUUAUCCACAACAACAAAUGUUCAAUGGCCUGGAAAGAUAAAAAUAAAAAAAAGUCCACUAGAAAAAUUUGCAAUUGUGCAUUACCGAUAAUCAAUGAAAUGUAAAUUGAAUUCAAGUGGUAUUCUUAAAGGCCAAUCAUUGAUAUGGACUAAAAGAUAUUCUUUGGGAGGAGGUAAAUACCAAACAAAAAUAAAAUCUGCCAGAAAGACAGCAGACAUCUUCCGACUUGGGAGGGGCUUAAAUUUGGUUAGCCGUGCAAAAAAAAAAAGAGAUUUAGGUUUAUGGUUACCGGGUACUAGUUUAGUAUUAGCUGUUGGUAUAAUAAUUUGUAUUGUCAAAUAAAUAAAAAUAUUUCAGAUUUUUAUUUUUUAAAUUUAAAUUAUCGCAAUUUAAUGGAGAUGAGAUUUAGUUAAAACCAGAAAUUAUAUAUUUUAAUAGAACAUACUUUAACAGUAAUAAUUAUCCCAACACUUUGAAGUUAUGGUUUGAACAUUAGAUGUUCUGCUUCCUUAAAUUUAUUUUUAACUCAUCAAUUCAAAAACAAAAUAAACUAGUGUUCUAUAUCUUCUAGGAAUGUUAAGACUCAUUCUCAGGUUCAACAUUUUAACAAGAGACCUGUCCUAAUAUGUCAAGAUUUUUGUAACUUUUCAUUACAGCUUCAUGGGCUCACAUGCCAUACUGUCUGGACCAGCCGGAGGCGUGGUGGGAUAUGCUGAGACCACAUACAGCAAGGAGACCAAGACACCUGUCAUUGGCUUUGAUAUGGGAGGCAAGUCAAUUUUCCAAAACAGUUGAUCAUAAGAGUGUGGCUCAGUAAAUGUCCAUAUCACCUAUACCACAUUUUGUGGGAACAUGCAGUCUGGCAAAAUAUUUGUUUGACCAUUUGACUGUCACAGAGGCCGUUCAUGAGAUUAGAAUUUUAAACAAACACACAAACUGUGGAACAAAGAAAUGAGGGGGAAACUGCUUGCAUUUACAGGCACAUCAACAGACGUGAGCAGAUUUGCUGGGGAGUUUGAGCAUGUUUUCGAGACCACAACAGCCGGCAUUACGAUACAGGCCCCACAGGUACGCUGUAUGUUUGAUAAUAAUUCGUAGAUUUUAACUUCUUAAUUUCAGGCCAUCUCAAAAAUUGUAACAGUAGCUUAUAUCAGAAUGUAAACCUUUUGUUUCCUUUAGGGAUUUAUAAAAAAAAAAUUUUGCACAAGAAGAAAAAAGACUAUUUGUGCUUUAUGUCUUUAUUUCAAUCAUAAUUAUAAGAAACAUGCUAUUGUGCUAUUUUAAACUCUUUCAAAAGUUGAAGUAAAUUUGAUUAAUUUUAAAUUUCAACAAUCCGGAUUUGUUUCCAUCAUCUUAAAGUUGAAUUGCAAUUAAUCUUUAACUGGGUGCUGGGCAAAAAGAAUCUUGAAAAUUUCUCUAAAUGUUUUUUUGUCACCUGACAGCUGGACAUAAAUACUGUCGCCGCGGGAGGGGGAUCCAUGCUGUUCUUCAGGUCAGGCAUGUUUGUUGUGGGCCCGGAGUCCGCCGGGGCCCAUCCAGGACCUGCUUGCUACAUGAAAGGUACGGGCAAUGUCAAGCUCAUUGUGAAUUCCAGGCAAUUUUCUGAGGCAUGGAGACUUUCAAAUUAACGUAAGGGAUAUUAUAUGACAGGGCAGUGAUGGGGUCUGGAAUUCAGAACAACCAUCCUAAGAUCCGUACCGGACAUUAUUUCAACCAUCUUAACUUUUAGUACCCUGGCUCCUGGUCCUAAAAUAUCCAUUUACCUGGGCUCCUGGGAAAAUAGACACAUAAACAAAAUUCCAUUUCAUUCUUAGCUUGUCUGUUAGUUGCUCAUUUCUUUUAAAACGUUAUUUCAGGGAGAAAACUGUCUUAAAAAGCAAUGGAAACUAUCACUUUAAUGCCCUUGAUUUUCAUUAAAAACCCGGGGCUAAGACAAGGGAUAGAUCUUUUUUUCUUGAUUAUCCAAAGCACACAUUCCAGCACUAGCCCUAGUUGAAGUCAAUCAAUCCUCACAAUCAGAGUCUUAUUUGCUUUUAUUGGAAUCAUUUUUCAAAACAUGAUGUAAAUCCUUUGAUAUAUUUACAUUAUCAUCAGCCAUGCUUGGCUUUUAGUUUUUUAGAAUAGCAAUCUUUGAAUUUUUUGUCAUCUUCUAUUCAUAAAAUCAUUAAUAAAACAUAUGAAAACAAUGGAUCCAUGGUCGGGCCCAUGACAGUAACCUUUAGCUAGUCUCGUAGUAAACCCUGAUUUCAGUAUUCACAACACAAUUUUAUAGGGACUGUCAAUCUAGCGCAGGGGUCGGGAACCUAUGGCUCGCGAGCUAGAUGUGGCUCUAUUGAUGGCUGCAUCUGGCUCGCAGACAAAUGGUCGAUUAUAUAAAAAAAAGUCGCAUUAACGGUACGAAAUACUCAUUAUUGAUUAGCAACAGCUUAACAAUGUUAAAAAUUCAGAGACAUAAUUAUUGCAUUUUUAGUGUUGAAAUUACACAAAAUGCACUCAUUUCCUUAAAUUUUUAGUUUUAAACAUAAUGUAUGGCUCUCACAGAAUUACUUUUCAAAAUAUUUGGUGUCCAUGGCUCUCUCAGACAAAAAUGUUCCCGGCCCCCUGAUCUAGCGUAAGGUAUGUGAGACCAAAAUAUCGGUCUGGCUGGGUAUGGAUGUUUAAUGUAAAGUUCGAUAAAGCAGGAUCACAGGUUCAAUGGGUUAAGAUAAGUCCCAGAAAUAUAUAGAAUCAUCCUAUGAUAGGCUCAGGAAAUAUAUAGAAUCAUCCUAUGAUAGGUUCAGGAAAUGUAUAGAAUCAUCCUAUGAUAGGUUCAGGAAAUGUAUAGAAUCAUCCUAUGAUAUGCUCAGAAAAUGUAUGGAAUCAUCCUAUGAUAGGUUCAGGAAAUGUAUGGAAUCAUCCUAUGAUAGGUUCAGGAAAUGGUUUCAACCAAUUAAGAUAGGUCCUUGAAAUGUUAACAACCAUCUCAAGACAGGUUCUAGAAAUGUUUACAGCCAAACUAAGUUAAACCACAAUCUUCACAACAGGGGGACCACUAACCAUCACUGAUGCCAACCUCUGUCUUGGGCGCUUGCUACCUGAGUAUUUCCCACACAUCUUUGGCAAAAGUGAAGACAUGCCGCUGGAUAAGGAAGCAACCAUUGGUGCUUUUGAAAAACUCACUGCUGAGGUCAGUUAAAAGAACAUUAUACAUGAUCAAGCCAUCAUUCAAACCUUUGACCUGAGUGGUUUAUCUUUUAUUGUGUGUUAAGUUAUAAUUUUGUACAUCUCAAGAGCAUUGUUUUACUGGGCUCUGUGACUCCUAGAAAUAUACCAUGCCUUUUUGUCUCGGAGCAUACUUUUUAAUUGGCAAAGUUUUUUGGACCUUUGAUUUUUCAAAUCUAAAAUAAAUACUGUUAAAAUAUUACCUGUAUUUCAUCAGGAAUCCUAAUAAUAAAUGAGCAAUGAAAGGAUAUAUAAUUAAAUUGUAUCCAUUGAAUUUAUAAAUGAGGUAAAACAGUCAGUUGGACAAAUAAUUUUUACUUUACAUUUGUUUUUCGACUAUUUAGAAAGUGUUUUUUUAGAUUUCCUUAAUAAAGAAAAAGAAUCCUCAUGGUUUUAUUUGCAAAACUCAUUUUUAUUUCCUUCUAAAUUCAAAUUGUUUUGUCGAUUGUUUGGUUUCUUGGGGACGUUUACCUUGUAUAGCAUUAUUUAAAAAAUACCUUGUUUUUGUAUGAGACUAAGAAGUACAAUUCUUGCUUCGAUCAAUUUAAAUUUAUUUCUUCUUACACUAAUAUUAAAAAUAGUUUUAAUUUUUUUUGUUGUUGUGUUGUUUUAAAGAAGAAAGACAAGAUUCUACAUUUAACAAAUUUUUCCAGCGAGAGUGAAGAAUGAAAAAAGGUUAAUUCUGAUUUUUGGUACGAUCUCACCUCAUGGCAUCAACCAAAUACUCAUUUGCUAGUAGUCCUCAAUUUUCCCCUAUUUCUAUUCUCAUUUGUUUGGUUUUUUUUCCUACUUGAAAUCUUUAAAAUUAUUAGCAUUUCACAUUAACAGUAUCUAAAUUCUUUUACUUCCUGUAAUCUCUUUGGUAGCAGUUUUGUUUUGAAACAAGUUACUUUUCUAAGAUUGUGACCACACCCGACAAGCUAAGUCUUUGAAUUUCUCAUUCUUUGUUAUUUCUUGCUUUGUCUGCUGACUAUGGCAUUUCAUUGUACUUUUUGUUUUCCUUUUCAUGCUCCUAAAAAUCUUCUGCUACUAUUUCCUUCCAGUCCCUCAUGUAUUAUUUUUUCUCUAAACAGUUUAAUUUUUUUAACCACAGGUCAAUGAGUUUUUGAAAACACAACAAAAUGACCACCAUGUGACGUUCACACCAAUGACAAAGGAGGAAGUAGGCCUUGGUUUUAUUCGUGUGGCUAAUGAAACAAUGUGUCGACCAAUCAGAGCUCUGACUCAAGUAAGUACCUGUGACAGGGCAAUAUUAAAACUGAUUUUGAGAUUGGAUUUGACAGAGUUCACAUUGACAGUUACAGUGAUAAAUAUUUAUUUCUCAAUUCACAGUUAUUGAAAUAGUAUUACCACCAAGAAAUAUAGUUUUUACUUUUAUAAUUGCUCGUAAUGGAAUUUUACCUUGACAAACUCAUUAGGUGACAUCAGCUGCAAUGAACAAAGUCACAUGUUAAGUUUUGCCUCAGUGCAACAACUACACAGGCUAGAUGUUAACUUUGUAAGUUUGUUCUUUAAAUGUGCACAGGCCAAAGGUUAUGAUACAUCCCGUCACAUCCUGGCAUGUUUUGGUGGAGCAGGUGGACAGCACGCAUGUGCAAUCGCACGUUCCCUUGGCAUGCAGGAAGUCUUCAUUCACAGGUUGGCAUGGGGUUUCAUAAUUAUUUUAUCAUUAUUUUAUCAUUAUUUCAUCAUUAUUUUACUUAUUCUCAAAGGAUUGGUAACACCAAAAAAAAUGGUUUUCAAUUUAAAGGGCAGCUAAGACUAUCCAAAGUAAUCAUACUGAUCACAAAGAUUCAGGUGCUAGAUUAUCUCUACAAUUUCUCUUAAUUUAAACCAUUUACUGGAUUUUUGGUAUGUGGGCAUGAUUGUAUAAUCUCUAUAUCAUGAUCUGAUGUACAUAUGUUCAUAUGGGUAACUAAAAGAAUCUAUAAACAAUUUUCUACCACACUCAGCUUUGUUUUGCCUCCUUCCUGUGUUUCAUUUUUAAAAAAUGUGUGUUUUUUAAAACCCUAAGAUUAUACCUUUUAUAACGUUGUAGAUAUGCUGGCAUUUUGUCUGCUUAUGGUAUGGCCCUGGCUGAUGUUGUCUAUGAGGCACAAGAGCCAGCAUCCUGCACCUACAGCUCUGGUAAAUUUGAUUAAAUAUAUUUAAAAUCUCUUGAGUCUUUUGGCUGUUACACAUAAUAUAUUUUUCCGAUUUUCCUCGAAAUCAAAGGUUUCCAAGUUUUCAUAUUUGUGGCACAUUUUUUUCAGAUGUUCAUAUUUUUGCUACAAAGUAAUUCAUUUGUUCUAACAAUCUGGAAGUUUAACUAAACCUGUUGUGAAACAGAUAUGGGCAGGCAAAGUUGCAUUGUAAUAAUGAAAUGUAUGGCAAAAUAAAAUAUAUAAAAAUCUUUUCAUUUAUAUGUUUAAAAAUUUAUGAUUUUUUAACAAAUCAACAUAUAUUUUCAAGAUUUUUAUGACUGUCAUUAAUUUAAGAGAAGUUUGUAUUGCACUUUCCCAUUGACUCAUGUAUGUCCUUUUAUGGUCAUGUGACACACCUACACCUUUUUUGGAAAGAUCUGCUUUUGCUAUAGUUGAAUUGAAUGCAGCUGUUUCUGAAUUAGACUUGCUCCAAUUUUAAUAGUUAAAUAAUAAUUUUUUUUUUUGAAACACACCAAUGAAGCUGCUGCUCACCACAAAUGCUUGUCAUAAAAUUGUGUAAUUGUUUCAUGCAUUUUCAUUUUUGUAAACCACAGAAAACUUGAGGAAGCUGGAUGAUAGGGUUCAAGUCUUGGAAAGGAAAUGUUAUGAGGAGCUUGAAAAGCAAGGAUUCACCAGGUACCAUCGUCCGCAUGACUUUUUUCUGCUACUAUUCUAAUUUUUAAAAUAUCAGUGCUGAUUUACUGAAUGCCAUUAAAAAAAAUAUUCAAAAAGUGUAAUGCCAUAAGGAGCUUCUAAAAUUUAGGUGAGUUUAUUUUUUAGAUAUCCCACCAAAUGGAGGGAUAUUGUCCCAAUUAAAAAAUAAGCUCCCUUGUUCACCCUUAGGGAACAGAUAGAGACCCAGCCGUUCUUGCAUCUGCGUUACGAGGGAACUGACUGUGCUCUCAUGUGUUCUAACCAGUUCCCAGCCAAGGAUGGGACCAGCACUCAUGGCGACUUUUAUACAGCAUUCAUAACCAGGUAAUGGAACAGUAGAUUCACAGAAAUAGAAAUAGGUGGCCAGAGGGUGCGGUCUGUCCCGGGCAGAACUUAUUUUAGGGCGGCAUUCUUCGUCCACUUCAUAUACUUUAUACAGCUUUUAUUUUAAUGCUAAUUUUUUUAGUUUUUUUGUUAAUUACAAGUGCAAAAUUCAAGGACCGCCCCAGGCAUAAUGAACUCAAACUAUUCCACUCCUCCCAGUAUCUACAGAGCAUUUUCUAUCAUGGCUUUCAUAAUCAGAAUAAUUGACAGUUCCAUUGAAAUUUCCAGACUGUCACAUUCCUAUUUACAACCAAUUACGUUGACAUGUAUUUCCCUAAAUCUCUGCGGUUUGUUCAUUGAAAACUUGUUCAACUUUGCGCUGCUGCAGGUACAAGACAGAAUUUGGGUUUGUACUUAAAGAUCGCAAAAUAUAUGUUGAUGACAUCAGAGUCAGAGGAGUGGGGAAGUCCCGGGCAGCCAUUGCUAUAGAGAUACCUGAAUCAACUGGGCCUCCUAAACCUAAAAAGGUAGCGUAAAAUUUAAUAUUACUUUAGGUUUUUUCUUCAUAAGGUUUAAUAAAUUUUACAAUUAAAUUUAAAAGGGUCUAUCCUUUUUUUUUUUUUUUUUUUUUUUUUUUUUUUUUUUUUUUUUUUUUUUUUUUUAUUUUUUUUUUUUUUUUUUUUUUUUUUUUUUUUUUUUUUUUUUUUUUUUUUUUUUUUUUUUUUUUUUUUUUUGACACUUAAAAAUACUUUUUAUUACUUUAGACUUGAGAGAGUGAUACUUAAAAUGUUUUUAUUUUUUAGACAUGAGAGAGUGAUUUUUGUUUGUUUUGUCACUUUUCAACAUCCAUUGAUCCAAAAUUUGUUCUCACACACAUAGGGUAUGCUGCUUAGUCUAUUUAUACAUUUGGUCCAUCAAAGUUUUAUUUAAUUUAAAAAUACACUUAUGUGAACAAAAUACUAUAAAAUUGGGAUCCUAUUAUUUGCUAAAGGUGUAAUGAAAGAAGAAUGGCCCUACAGAUUUUGUUGCAUUUACAUUAUAUCAAAAGCAAAAUCUGUUACACUUUAGCAUCAGAAACUGUUGUUUUUUGUCAAAGGGGUGGCCCUAUUUCAUAUUUAUUCUCCAGAUUGUGACAUGCUAUUUUGAAGAGGGCUGUCUCAGCACUAAUGUAUAUAUACUGGAGAAUUUGUGUGCCAACCAUCAGAUCAGUGGACCAGCCAUUAUUAUAGAUAAAAACAGGUAUUUCUUUCCUCGUAUCUACAAAAAUGCCUUCCUAUUAGGUACUGUGCAAUUUUAGGCAUAAAUGUGUCUUCUUUGUCACACAAGACUUUUGGGUGUUAAUAAAUUUGUCUCCAUUUUGUCACACACCACUUUAAGAUGUAAAUAUAUUUGCCUCCAAUUUGUAGCUCAAGACUUUUUGGUGUAAAUAGAUUUGUCUCCAUUUAGUCACUUACGACAUUAAGACACGCUUGGUCAAACACAUGAUUAAUGUAGCUACCUACACGUAUUUAGUUGUAAAUAACUAAACUAUUGCCAUGUCGAACUACAACCUUGUCCCACUCACAGCACUAUCAUAGUUGAGCCCGACUGCUUGGCUGAAGUCAGUCGUCAUGGAGAUGUGAGGAUCAGGGUCAGCACCUCCCACAAAAAAGUUGUGGGGACGGAUCUGGACGCCAUCCAACUUUCAAUAUUCUCCCACAGAUUCAUGAGUACGGCUGAACAGAUGGGCAGGUAACUGUUGGGGAAGUGUCGGAACACAUGUGCAGAUAACUUCAUGGGUAUCUUGUUAACAAAGGGGCAUUUAACUGUUGGGAAAUUAUUUGGAUCAAAAUUAUCUGGCAAUAACCCUGAAAUUAAAUUCCUUUUUUUGCAUUAAAACCAAGGCUCUUAAACACAGUACACGCCAAAGUAACUCACUUAAUGAUGGGUUUCACAAAUUUUUAGCUGUUUAAAAUUUUUAAUCAAGUAGUGUUUAGGACCCACAGGACAUCCUUAUUGUCCUCACGCUUCCCUUAUAGUUUCUUGAGUAUGAGAACCUCUUUUAUAAAUUGUUGAAUGGGAUUCAUUUUUAAACUCUUUAUCUAGUUUUCUUAUGCUUUCAGAGUUCUGCAGCGGACAUCAAUUUCAACCAAUAUUAAGGUUCGUACAGUUUAAAUUUAAUACACAAUUCAGUUGUAGAUUAGUAAGUAGCACAAUAACUACAGAUGAAGGAUGUAAGGUUUGAACACGAAAAUCUAAUCACCUUUAAAGCAUGCAGUGAAAUUUGUGGUACAGAAAGCAUUCUAGUCUGGCAGUUAAAUCCAGCUGAGAAGCUAUUGGACAGAACCGACAUUCCUUGGCGAGGAAGACGAACAGAAGGCGGAAUGAAAAUAUAAUAUGGAGACUGCCUUCAAGCUGUGUCAAAGAAAAUCUAAAGAAAAAGAUAUGUGGGAUCUUGAAUAACAUAACAAGAGAAUAACAAAAAUGCAUGAAUAAAUGUAAAGAAAGCCUGGCUAAGAUCAGGUGUAUUUGCCUGUUAGAUCUGAUAAUUCUAUAAAAGUGUGGUUCCCCGUGGAGCCCCGUGUACUUCACACGGGCUUCGCGGCCACUCUCUCCCCUCUAACACCACCCCUGAACACUAUUAACUUGUAAGACAUAGAGCAAGCCUAAAAGGGCUCCACUAUAGAAAUUAACUCUGUUAAAGUGUUCCGUGACUCAAAUAGGUUGUCAACCACUGCUAUAAAAUAUAUUUUAAAGAUCAUUCUGUUCAAUAAUCGUAGUCUAUGGUUUUUAACAUCUAUCAAUAUUAGGCGUACCUGCCCACCCAAUCAAAUUGCUAUUUGUGCUGAGCCCACAUUUUUUUUAAAUUCUUCAAUUUUGUUCAUGUGUUUGUGGCAAAAUCUUAGGAUGGCUAAUUGACCCACUUCCCGUCAUCCUUUCGAUCUGAAACUUGGCACACAGACUCAUGUUGCCGAUGAUAACACAUUCUGUCAAAUUUUCAACCCAACUUUAAGUUAACCGCAGUUUUCCAUCAUAUGAAGUAGAUCUCAAAAGUAAAUGUUUAUUGGGGGAAAAAAGGUAUUCGUUGUUACACUAAAGUGUCAGUGGUAUUUUUUUUUCAACAUUGUUCCCACCCACCCCCCGUAGUGUACCUCAGAUUAUAAAUGAAAGACAAAGAACCUGUCAGAGAUGAGCAAUGCAUAAGAUAAAACUUAAUACUAACUAACUAUUGAUGCUUAGGAAACUUUCAAGUUUAAUUUAAUUAUAUAUUCAUGCACUUUCAGUAAGAAGCGCCGUCUGAGUGCAAGGCAAUCAUUAAUAUAUUAGAUUGUACGGGUUAUAUAGUUCCGUAUUGGUGUUGAGGUAAAAUCUCCACCAGUACCUUGUUAACUUGGAUUAUUAUGUAUAUUCACAUAAUUUUCUUGCAACAAGAUUGUCAAUCCUGGGGACACGUCUGUCAAUCCUGGGGACACGUCUGUCAAUCCUGGGGACACACCAGUUGCAAACUGCUGAUUUAGGGCAUGAUUCAAAAUGUCUAAAUGAAAGACAUGUAUCACUGUAGUUAGAUAAGGAAUUAAUGUGGCAUUCAUUUUGUAUUUUCUUAUAGGAACGUCUGGACUUCAGCUGUGCAAUGUUUGGACCUGAUGGUGGUCUUGUGGCCAAUGCACCUCACAUUCCAGUGCACUUGGGUGCCAUGCAAGAAACUGUUCAAUACCAGGUAGGUAACUGGGGCUAGCUCAGUACUAUGGAUUGACUUACAGAGGCCCCUCUCUCUGCAGAAGUUUCUUCCCUUCUUAGCCCUUAUUUCUGCUUCCCUCCAUCCCAGAUCAAAAUGACAGUGGAACACCUUUUUUUUUACAACAAAACAAGCUCUGCCCCUUCUCGACUCAUGUUUCUCAAUAACACCUUUUUAUCCAAAUAUAAAAAGCUCUGCCCCCCCUCUCCCCUUCUUGACACCUGUUUCUCAAUUUCAAGUUACAAUGCUGGCUGCUACAACUUGGUAAAUUUGACAAAAGGGUGGCGACACUAAAAUAGUUGAGAACCAUUGGGUUAAACACAUUAAAGAAAAUGAGAAGGUAACUUUUUUUUUCUUCCAUGUAAGACCCUGGCUCUGAUCUGCUGGGUAUGGUCCCAAAAUUCCAGGACCGGGUGUACAAAUCUCCACCCGGCUCAGCCCUAUUACAAAUGCAAUACGUGUGUUAUAUGACAUUUCUCAUAUCUUUUGACAGAUGAGAACACUUGGUGAAAAUUUUAAAGAUGGUGAUGUCAUCCUGAGCAAUCAUCCACAAGCUGGAGGAAGUCAUCUCCCUGACCUGACCGUCAUUACUCCAGUAAGUUACAUCUCCCUGACCUGACCGUCAUUACUCCUGUAAGUCACAUCUCCCUGGCCUUCAUUACUCCAGUAAGUCACAUCUCCCAACAAAUAACAUGUGUCCAUCAAAAUUAAUGUUUAAAAAAAUAUAAUUUCUUAAGGUCGAUUUAUUGUAUAUUUUAAUUACAGGUGUUUUUCAAGGACCAACCAAAACCUGUUUUCUUUGUGGCCAGUAGAGGUCACCACGCAGAUAUAGGGGGGAUAACUCCUGGCUCCAUGCCGCCCCACUCAAAGUCCAUCUAUGAAGAAGGAGCUGUAUUUAAGUCUUUCAAACUUGUGGAGAACGGAGAAUUCAAGGAGAAAGGUUGGUUUCCCAUCUUAUUUAUUAACACAAUUUAAUCUUUAAGUAGCCUAAAAUCUUAAGUCCGAUGAAUUUAUUUCAAAGUUGCUGAACAAAACUCAAUUAUCAUUUAAUCUUUAUAAUUCACAUUUUGAUUAGAUAAACAAAACUGAUAAAAGGGCUGUUAAAAAUGCAAAUAAACUUACAAAAGCUGUCUCCAAAAAGUAUUGUUAAUUUUAGUGGUUUCAAAUUGUUUGUAUCUUAUAACUCACUUCUAAUUUAUUCUGCAAAACACCAUUCACAUGUUAAGAAAAAGAUAUCCUGUUUCAAAACAAUAACAAAAAAAGCCCAUCACAAACUACUUUCUGAGCUUUGAUGCUUAAAUUAAAAUUAAUUUCAUAAGUGUCUUGUUAUCUCAUAUUUCAUUGUUUGAAAGAAAGAAAAAAAAAGUCUUGCAAGUUUUUAAAAUUCUUUAUUUUACAUCAAUUUUAAUUUAAUAUUUCAAAAUCUUACAACACACCUGUGAACUUUCCCCCCAAAAAACACUAAUUUAGAUAAGAGUCAUGCUGAGAUUUUUCCUUCCCUAAUGUUAUUUGACCUCUGACAUCAGAGGUAGUCCAAGCCUUCAAUGAGCCAGCCAAGUACCCAGGAAGCAGUGGCUCAAGAAACCUGCAUGACAACCUCAGUGACUUGAAAGCCCAGGUGGCUGCCAACCACAGGGUAGGCAUUUUCCUUCGUCCCCAUUCUUGUACAUUUACAGUUGAAAGCUUCUUAAAACUCUGUGGUUAUUCCUUAAACCGUGUCUUCAAAUCAGACAGGCAAAACAUGAUAUGAUUAGAGGUUGAUGCGGUGUUAUCAUAUCAUUAGACCAGUGGUCCAUAAAAAAUUUGUUGAGUCGAAGGGCCAUUGUCAAACUCCUAUUUGUACUAGAUUCGUUAAUUCAUCAAGUUCUUUCACACAUUGUAAUACAUCGUACUAGCACUGAAUCAACUCAAGUCCUUUUUUUCAUAGUAAAUGGAACUUUAAUGUAUAAUUUAACUUGACAGACUGUUAUUUCCACAUGCAUAUGUAUAGCACAGCUCGCUAUCAGAGAGAAAUAAAACAUAACCUACUUCCACAAAGUUCCUUUAACGACUGCUGUACGAACAUAAUAUACGUCACAAAACGACUAGACAAUACAUCAUAAUAAGCAUAAAAAUACAUCACCAAAUCAAGCGCGGGAAGAGCGUUCACUAACUGAUUUUAAUCUCUUAAAAACAUAAUAUCCAGUUGCAACAAUUAUCAAUGGACUUCCGUACUCAACAGCCAUUUUAUAAAUCAUAUCUGCAAGGGAAAUUGUUAAGAAGCCACAGAUUGUUUAAAUGACAUUAUGGAUAUUUUUUUUGAAAUCAAAUUAAGCAUACAGUAAUAAAAUUACAAGAGCCUCAGGUUGCCAACCAGUGACAUAGAAGUAACAUGAUAAAAGAAGUGUUAUUUUUAAAUCGCAAUAUAAUAUAGGUAUCGCUAAUUUAACUAAGGAAUUAUUUUUUUCUCGGCUGAUGUCUUUGAAACUUUGAAUCAAGGACUAAAUGUAAAUGUUUAAAAUUUGCAUCAUGUUGAAUGAUUUCAUCCCUAGAAAUUUAGCUGAUAAUUUGAUUGACGCCUGUGUAUCUUUAAAUCAAGUUAAGGUUAUGAUUUCAUCCCCAGGGCAUCAAGCUUAUAACUGAGCUCAUGGAUGAGUAUGGACUGGACGUGGUUCAGACUUACAUGAAAUAUAUUCAGGUUAAUUAUUCACUUGUCUUUAAAUUUUACACUUUUUUUUUUUUUAAAUUCACUGGGUAACAUUAAUUGUAACUGUGUAGUAUCUUUUUUUUAUUUAUAAGAGUGUAAAGAUUAGCAAAAACUUGUAGUUUAUUAUUAUUGUUACAGCUGUCUUAUAUAGCACUGUAUCCCAGCCUGGGGCUGGGCUCAUCUUGCUUUGCAUAAAAAUAUUGGCAAAAAAAAAAGUGACAUUAAAAAGUUACAUAAAUUUAUUUAAUUUAAAAAAAGUUUUUAAAAAAAAUUAAUCACCCUGCCACCUUGAGCUAUUUACAUGUCAAGCCAUGGAUGGCACCCAGCAGCAUCAUUUAUCAGUCAGAGAGGGGGUGGGGAUCAGUCAGGAUAGUAGUGGACAGGGUUUUGUUUUAAAUUUGUGAUAUCUCUUUAUUCAGUUUAGUUGAUUUUUUUCAUGUAUGUAAAAAAAAUCUUGUAUUAUGAAAUUAUUUUAAUUUCUUCACCAUGUAUUCUGUACACAGGAGAAUGCAGAAGUUGCUGUUAAGGAGAUGUUGAGAGAGAUAGCAAGAAAAACAAAAGCUAGAACAGGAAAAAAUGAGCUAUAUGCUGAGGACUUCAUGGACCAUGGCAGCAAAAUCUGUUUGUUGAUUAAAAUUGAUGAGAAAGAGGUACACAAUUUCUACCGCUGUACUAACACUUCACACAUAUUUUACCAUUUUUUUGAGCAUUGGUUGAAUCCCUCAUGUACAGUAACAACAAUUUUUUUUGUUGCUGUGACAAUUGACUCUAUCUGCAAUACUGGGAUCUAUUAUUUUUUUCUGUAUGUUACCUAUUUUAAGUAAUCGAAUUCUAUUUAUUCUAUCUAUUUAAUAUUGGAAACUUAAAAAGAGUGAGUAAACCAUUUUUUUUAAAAUUGUUAUUCUUUUAAUGAACAUAAAUUUUUCUCUAGACUAAAAUUUCUUUUCAAGCCCUUCCCGUUGUUUUUAAGAUUGUGGUGUCACAUCAGACAUUUAAUUUUUUUUUUUUAAUAACAUUUUUUUUGAAUAAAUGAAAUAAGUUAUUGAGAGGAAUUAGAUCAUUUCUUCCUGCAUUGCUAACCCUUUCGUUACCGAUGACCACCCACUUUCAAGGACGCCACAUUGUCUUCAUAACAAAGAAGCAAAGAACUUUUCUGAAAUACCAAGGAUAUUUUUUUUUUACAUGAUGUUCCCCAGGGGACAGCGGUGUUUGACUUCAGCGGAACAGAUUACCAAGUUCAUGGCAACACCAAUGCACCAAGGGCCAUCACUCUGUCAGCCAUCAUCUACUGCAUGCGGUGCAUGGUUGGACACGAUGUGCCUCUCAAUCAGGUAACCCCCUUUGCAAAAUCAACAUUUCAACCAAUUUAGGCUAGAGAAUUUCGGGACUUCAUUUGUUGGUUCUGUUUUUGUACGUUUGAAGACAAAAAAGUAAGAUAAGCUAGCAUGUGAAUUACUCAAAACUUGACCACUGAAUACAAUUUUUUUUAGGUCAAGUGAAUUUCCCCAUCAUCGUGGAGGUAACUCAUGUCUGUGUAUACAAAAAUACCACUUUUGUCUUUUACAUGUAUUUAUUGUUAUGUUUGAUAUCUCCUGUUUAAAAAGCAACCUCUGCUAUUUUUUUAUAAUUUAUUUCAUGGAAUGCUCCUCAGUCAAUGUCUAUUUUAGCAUCAAGAAUGUCCAUUUAAUUACAGGGCAGUUGAGUGAAAAAUUUGUUUCAAUUUUCUCAAUUUGCUCUUCAUGACUAAAACAAUUAUUUUUUUUAAACCUGAGACAACUAAAAGAAUACCGGUAAUCCCAAAUAAAAUGGUAAUAAAUUUACUUUCUUAUAAAUUCAUAAUUGUUCAAAUACUUUCUGAAUGUAUAAUGAAGCCCUAGUGAAUGAGCUGUGAGAAGAAAGGCUCAACAACAAAGCUUCGUUUGUUAUAGUAUGGCUUGUAUAGGGAUUUGGUGUAGGGUGAGUCUAGUGGUCACGGCAUUUCUUAACAACAGCUUCUUUAUCCAUUUUUCUGGUUGAAUUUCUAUUUGGCAGUUGUAUGAUACAGGUGAAGGAUCAUAUAGAAGAAUUAGAGCAUUGUCUAUCAAAGAAGGUCAAAGAAACUUCAGAUUAUUGUCUGAUAUGACUGAUAUGGUUGUCAUUUGUACAUAGAGUGCUUGGCUCUACUGAUACAGUUAUCCUUUGUUUUCCCAGUACAGCUGCUUGGCUCUAAUAAUAUCCUUAUCAUCUGUCUUCCCAACAGGGCUGCUUGGCUCCUAUUCAAGUGGUUAUACCUAAAGGAAGUAUCAUAGAUCCAUCAGAGGAGGCAGCAGUGGUGGGGGGCAACGUCCUGACGUCACAGAGGAUAGUGGAUGUGGUACUUAAAGCUUUUGGCGUCUGUGCUGCCUCUCAGGUUGGAACCAGAGUGACAUGUUACAGUUGGCUUAUUUUGUUGUUUUUCUUUCCAAUUUAAUUUGUUAACAAAUCAUUUUAACCAAAAUAAGUUUAAGAUUUUUUUUGCUAAAUUUCAAUCUUCUAAUGUUUUGUUUAUUCGUGCAAGUGUUUGUUAUAUCUGUUACAAUUGUAGCAGAAUUAUAUACAUUUUUAUACACAAUUGUUACAUAUCUUUGACUUAAUCUGACUUUUAAACAAAAAGUUUUUAAGAAUAGAAAUGUUUCAAACAAUAACUGUUGACUUGCUGUUAUGAAGUUUGACUGUGCUCGUAACACCCGUGUGACAACUGAAUCUUUAUCUAAACUUUUCCCAGGGAUGUAUGAACAAUAUAACAUUCGGAGAUGAGAAAGUUGGUUAUUACGAGACUGUGGCUGGUGGAGCUGGUGCUGUGAGUUUUGCAUUUCUUUAGUUUCUUUUCUUUUUUACUUCAUCACAUAUCAGGUGUAUCUUGUAUAUUUUAAAUUAAAUUUCUUUGAGUAAAAAUGAGUUGAAAAUAUGUUUCCCUCAAGUAGGAAGUAGUUUGUGGUAUUCAAUCCAAUACUCUCUGAGAUGUAGCAGUCUUGCAGUUUGCUAAAACUUACAACAAGGGCAUUAUUUAGACCAAUCGUUCUUACUUUAAAGGACAAUUAUAUAAUAAAUACUCAAGAUUUCAGAACAAGAUUUCUCGUAAGGUCAGGUAGUCUGCCGACUGUGGUGGAAAAAUUUCAAAGGGAAAGGGGGGGGGUGUACUCAAGUUUUAGUUGGUGAAGUAGAAUACUGUGGGUAGAUCAUACAUGCCAACCUGUUGGUACAAGAUUUCUCGUAAGGUCAGGUAGUCUGCCGACUGUGGUGGAAAAAUUUCAAAGGGAAAGGGGGGGGGGGGUGUACUCAAGUUUUAGUUGGUGAAGUAGAAUACUGUGGGUAGAUCAUACAUGCCAACCUGUUGGGAUCAAGAACUGUACUAAAAGUAAACAGAGAAAAAACUGUACAACGGCAUGAAAAACAGCGCCAAAAAAAAUAAAAUUCGAAAAAGCUGUAGAAAAGCAAAGGACCGGAAAAUGACAAAACCUCUGAAAUGGUUCAUUAAUAAAUACUAAGAAAAUAUCUGAAGUCAAUAAACGUAUUACAUGUUAUUUUACUUCAAAGUCUACUUUACUUUCCAGGGUCCAACCUGGCAUGGACGGAGUGGUGUCCACACUCACAUGACCAAUACUAGAAUUACAGAUCCAGAAAUAGUAGAGAAAAGGUGAUUAUCUCACUUUUUAGGACAGAUAUUAUGGGUUGCAUUUUAUAGGGAUUUUUUGUUGUUUUUUAAAAUUGUCAUUAAAGACUGAAAUAAAUAAAUUCUCUAGUCAACAUAACUAUUAAAAAUAAAAUGCUCAAUGUGUGAAUGUUCAAACUAUAAAAUUUAAAAUACGUAAAUAAGAUUAAGGGCUAAAAAGUUUAAAUAAAGUCUUUUUUUUUAUUUUAAAUUUCAUUAAAAAAUUUAAAUUUAAAAAAAUUAAGUAAAAAGUUUAAAUUUUGAAGAAGUUAAUAAAAAAUUUCAAUAAAAAGCUUAAAUUUUAAAAAAUGUUACAUAAAAAUGUUAAAUAAAAAUAAAAAGACUAAGUAAAAGUUUAAAUGAAAAUUUUUAUAGGCUACUCGCUCUACAUAGGUCACAGUUUUUUGGGCGUGACAGUUCUGAAGUCAUAAAAUAUUUUCAGUGCUUGAACUUCUGUCUUUCUGAUCUAGACUCAUUUCAUUUGUUCUCAGCGUUUCAUGGAUUUUUUUAUAAGAAACUGAUGAUCUUUCUUCAGGUACCCUGUUGUGGUCCAGUGUUUUAAGUUAAAUCAUGGGUCAGGAGGUCAAGGCCUUUACAACGGUGGAGAUGGAGUUGUCAGGGAGCUGCUUUUCCGCCGUCCAUUCAUGCUGUCGAUUUUGACAGAAAGAAGAGUGUUUUCCCCAUACGGGCUUGAAGGUAAAGCUUGCAGUUUUUAAUGGUCGUUUACCCCACCCCCGGUCGUGCUCUUCUUUUUAACAGGGUAGCACUAUGGCAGGGAAGUGUGUACUUAAUGGUAUGUUGUAAGUAUUUUAUGUGGCCUAUACAUAUGCUUAUACUUUUUUGAGUCUAAGAUGUGAAAUAAUGUUAAAAUUAGAUAGUUCACUGAUACAUAAUGGUGUUAAUAGCCAGAAUGUUGUUUAAAAUAUUAUCAUGUCCCACAAUUGUUAAAUGAAAAGCAGCUCCUCCCUCUUCUAGAAGUUUUAUUAUGAGUCAAAAUUUAGUAAUAAAAUUUGUUUUCUGAUUUCACCCGUCCAUGCUUUCCACAGGAGGUCUGCCUGGAAGUCGAGGUAGAAACUUGAUGUUUUAUGCUGAUGGGAGGAUAAUUGACCUAGGAGCCAAAAACUCUGUCAAAGUAGGGCCAGGAGUAAGUCAUUUUCAUUUAACGUGCAUUCCUCUUGCUGUCCUGUUGGAUACUAAAUCACAGCUGUUGUUUGCUGAAGAGGCUUCUUGCCAAUACGUUCGUUUUUUUGUUGCAUCCUUUUUUUUCCAGUUUUCCAAUACUUUGUUUCACUCAGUUCCUUUAAAAUUACAGACUGUUAUUCUUGUACAAAUGUUUAAACUGGAUAACCAUUAUUUGGGUUCAAAUUUCAAUAAAGGAAGGACAGCGUUUAGGCUGUGUGAAUGAAAUGGUAGAAAAAGGUCUGUGGUAGUUUGAAUCAAAAGACAGGACAAUAAGAUGUGUUCAAGCUGUGUGAAUGAAAUGGUAGAACAAGGUCUGUGGUAGUUUGAAUCAAAAGACAGGACAAUAAGAUGUGUUCAAGCUGUGUGAAUGAAAUGGUAGAACAAGGUCUGUGGUAGUUUGAAUCAAAAGACAGGACAAUAAGAUGUGUUCAAGCUGUGUGAAUGAAAUGGUAGAACAAGGUCUGUGGUAGUUUGAAUCAAAAGACAGGACAAUAAGAUCUGAACGUUUUGGCUAAGAGCCGUCCUCUACAAACAGAACAAAUGAAAAUACCAAAUGAAAAUGAUCGCCAUUGUUGUUGUCAGUAAAAAAUGUUACUUUGCUGACAUCACAAUAACUUUUAAUGCUAUUUGAGUCAUUCAAAAGUAUGAAAUAUUUCUGAAGUGAUCCCAAAAAUUGACGCUCAUGUUUCUACACAUCCAGUUACCAUAGGUUUUUGUUGUUUUUUUCUCCAUGAAUUCAAACUUAUUGCUUUUUAUCCACAGGACGUCUUCCACCUUGAAACACCUGGUGGUGGGGGUUAUGGUGCACUGAUCUCAGAUUACGAGAAAAAUGGUCCAUCAUCAAACAAGCGUAAAACUGUGGAAGGUCGACCUCGGCCUACUUUUCAAUCCGGAAGUGUUUACAGCUACAAACUUCUUCAAGAGUCUGCCUAGGAAUAAACUGUGCCAAACACUUGGCUUAGACUUUUGACAGUUGUCAAACAUUUCCUUGAGUGAUAUUCAGACAGUUUGAUUGUGAUAUAGGAAUAUUUAUGAAAACGAAUAAUCUGAAUUUUAUCCAGAGGUCAUUUGAAUGAUAUGAAACUAUCCAAAUCAGAAUUUACUUACAAGCUGUGUCACAAUAACUUAUAAGCUGUUUCAAGAUAACUUAUAAGUGGUGUCAAGAUAACUUAUUAAUAGUGAUAAAUUAUUUCCUUCAGAAAUUGUGUUAAAUCUCUGUUAUAAGAUCCAACCCUGUAGCGGCCUAAUCCAAACCCCAGAUAAUCUGAAAUCUUUUUUAUUAAGAAAUCUGAACACAACUUACAACAAAACUCGCAGGGUGUGAGGCCAAGGGAGCUCACUCCCUAAUAUUUUCUUGCUAUGUUGAUCAGGCCAAGAAAAGGGGCUUAAUUUGCUGGUGGCAUUAACUUGUUUCUUUCCGGUUAGGUGGAGUACUAGUCAGAAAUUUGACAGUUAAAACUUUACAAGACUAAAACAUUUGAAAACUCGAAGUAGCAAUUAAGCCGGGAUAUUAAAAUGGGGAAUCUCCUGAUUGGCCAGGGUUAAAUAUGGGCUAAAGAUUUUUGUAAUUUUUAUUUUUGAUUUAAUUAUAAUGUUUGAUGUUAUGGGCUUGAUGUACAAGUGUUUAUUCAGGCAAACUAAUAAUUAAAGUGCAUAAGUGUAACAUAUCUUAGACUGGAUGGUUGUAUUGUUUAUUCUCAGUUGUGUAGUUCUAGAUCCCUGCAUUAUGUCAAGAGCUACAAACUUUCCCACCUGCUAACAUGAUUUAUGUUUAAGUUAGUGUCCAUUGUAGAAAAGAGUUUAUCUUGCAGUUACUACUCUGUCGGAAUAUUAUAUUUGUGUUUAGAGUUAAACUAUUUACUAUGCCAUCCCAUUCUUGUACACUUUCCUGUAUUCCCUCUUUUGAUGUACAUCUCCUGUGAACAUUCCCUGCUGUCCUUUUCCUGAUAUACUUCUCUGCUGUCUUUUCCUGAUAUACUUCCCUGCUGCAUUUUUCUGAUAUACUUUCCUGCUGUCUUUCUCUUAUAUACUUAUUUGAUGUCUUUUGCUGAUAUAUGUCUUUGCUGUCUUUUCCUGAUAUACUUUUUUGCUGUACCUUAUAUUUUUAUAAAGGAAGCUUUUGAAAGUUCUUUUUCUCUGCAUCUCUCUACAAAAAGAAACAACAAAACACUGGAAAGAAAUUUUUUUUGAAAUCUCAUUUAAAUGUUUGCUGUUAGUGUAAGGGAGAGUAAGGAAUGAAUUAAAGGGAGUAAGGAAUGAAUUAAAGGGAUGAAUGGCUUUGUGAAGCAAAGAAUGUACAAGGGAAGAAUAUGGCUUUGUGAGGCAAAGAAUGUACAAGGGAAGAAUAUGGCUUUGUGAAGCAAAGAAUGUACAAAGGAAGAAUAUGGCUUUGUGAGGCAAAGAAUGUACAAGGGAAGAAUAUGGCUUUGUGAGGCAAAGAAUGUACAAUGGAAGCGAGAGAAAAUAAACAUAAAUAAGUUAUUAAAAAUA